AUGUUAAUAUCCCCAUCUGUCAAAAGUCAUUCAGAGACAGGCUACGUGGUCGGCCUUAUUCUCAUUGCUACCGGAUUUUGCUUUACUGGUUUGACCUUUAUGGAUCACUUUCUUAACAUCACUCCUCCCUUUUUCCGCGUCAACAAGGAGACUGGGUUUGCAGAUCUCACGAUCCGUCCGCAGAAGUUCUUCUACCGCGAUCUACCACAUAGCUCAAUUUCUUUGGCUAAAGAAGCGGAUGUUUUUUGCGACGGUUCCACCAUCUCGUUUGACCAAAUCGGCUACACGGCGGCUUUCUUGCACUUGAGUGACGUGGUUGGUGCUAUUUUCUUGAAGCUUUCAGGAGCUGGUCGCGAUCUUCAUCACAUGGACUGGUAUCAUCAUUACAGGGCAGAAAAAAUACAGAUGUUACGCGAGUGGUGUAAAGACUCUCGUAGUACAUGGAGCGAUGCGCUUUCAUUAGUUGACAUGACAGCUGGAAUCGAAACCGAAAGCAUACGUGUGUCGAAAGGGUUGGUAUCUACGAUUCUGUUGAAGCUGCUCAUGUGGACUACUGGCUUUCGAGCUACAGAUACUAGAGAUUCUAUAUACGGUCUUUGGGGAAUAUUUCAGCAUGUGGCCAACAAACAGAGCGUGACAGUCCCUGAACAUCUCAUGCCAAACUACAACAUACCAGCAUCACGGGUACUUGAAUCCAUGACGGCUGAGAUACUUGAAGCUACUGGAGACUUGACUCUACUGGCCCUAGCCAAAGACCCAGCUCGGCGUGUGACAACUGACCUGCCGUCCUGGUGUCCAGACUUUGGUCCAUCAACAGGGAUGAACUCGAUAUUUAGCCCAAGCUUCAAAUCAGUAACUCGACCAAACGCAAGCGGUGCCGUAAGAUACGGUGCUACCCGAAUAGGCAAAGCUUUCAAAGUUCACGAUAGAUUUCCGGGAACGGUAAGGCUUCUUGGUGGAUCUUUUGAGACGGUCGGGACCUCGGGCGUACACGAUUGGGUAGAAUUACUACUCAAGACGGAUCGCACGUAUGCACAUACAUGGCAGUCGUCUAUGGAGGCUUUCUGGCGAACAUUAAUCUGGGACCACGAUUCCAUCAACCGACCAGCUAAGUUGUUCAAUAGCAAAGGGUUUGAAAGCUUGGUUAUUAUGUGGAUGGCUGGAGUCUUUCAGAAGGCGUUAGCCCAGGACGGACGAGCCACCGCAGACAAGAUCUUGGAAGCUUAUCGUAUACUCGACGAUCUAGCUUCCCACAUUCCUGACAGCGCCUUUCCAAGCUACACUGAGUUUAUAUCUCUAUUGGUCAAGUUAAACCUACUGGAUGGGCCUUCAGAAAAAGUGCUUUCCAUGUCAGAGCAAGCGGCAUGGAUAGAGAACAUAAGGAACACGGGAAAGACUUACUUUACGGUUAUCGGGGUGACGUCGCGGUAUCAGCGUCCCUUUCUUACAGACAAUGGGCAUUUGGACUCUUCAUGCGAGUCGACACAAGCUGGAGACGAAGUAUGGAUUGGAUAG